UUAUGGAUUAAUUAACAGGAUAAUACUGGAGUACUAGCUCUAGCUGCUGCUAGUAGUAAUCAGCUGCUCAUAAAAAGCAAUCGUUGGAGAAGCAAAAGCGCACGGCACGAGGGACGCCCAAUCCUCCGUGUCCGUUGGCUCAACUCGACCAAACAACCGCCUUUUUUUUUAGUCUCCACUCUCUCCACUUCCCCCCCUCCAUUGCCGCCCCGUUUCUCUCUCUGAUCGGCAAAAAAGUGGAUGCUCCGGCUGCUCGACCGCCAUGGUGAGGUCUCUCGACAGCUACCCCUCCAUCAAAGAUGUCACCUACAGCUGCGGAUACUGCGGGUACGCGCUGAACCUGAGCUCGUCGACGCGGAACACGGCGAACAUCGGGUCCAAGUACGGGAAGCAGAUCAAGAAGGGGGUCGUCUCCUUCUUCGCGGUGGACGAGAGCCGGUUCACGCAGGCCGACGAGGUCACCUGCGUGCCCUACUUCCACUCGCGGCGCUCCUGGGGGCUCUUCCGGCGGAGGUCGCGGCUGCUGUGCCGGAAGUGCGGCGGCCGCAUCGGCAGCGCCUACGAGGAGGACGAACCCGCCGCCGCGGCGCUGCCCGCGUGCGACGGCCCGGACGACCUGCGCACCACGAGCUCCGGGAGCAGCGGCAGCGCGUCGAGCCAGAAGAACUACGUGAUCAAGAUCAACGCGCUGCAGCCCUCGUCGGACGAUUCUGAUGCUGUUGCCUUUACCCUAUGACGAUUCUGCUGUAGCCUGUCAUCUCUUCCGGCCCGGUUGAAUUUGCUGCUGCAGUCUUGGAAUUCGCAUUGGGAGUGCAAAAAGGGUGAUAUUGCAGUCAAGGAAGGGAUCGCCAUGGCAGUGAGCUUUUGGAAGGGUUUGAUACCAUCAUGAUCUUGAGUCACCUUUGCUGUCUGUAGUAGACUAGUAGUGCUUUUCUUUUCUUCUGUGAAUUGGUGGGAGUAUACACUGGUUGUUAAUUUUUGGAUCUGUUAAUAUUGGAAAAUGACAAAGUUUGCUGUAUGUGGCUUGGCCCUAUUGAGUUUGUACCAUCUCAUGAGGUUCAUAGGGGUUGCAAUUUUGAGUCAUCUUGCUUUACUGGUAUGUCUUAAGUUUCUCUACACGGAUUCUUCAUUAGUCUUCUAAGAAAGCAUGGGUUGUUGCAUUGUGUCAGUUACUGAAUAUAAAUUCUCUGUUAAACUUUAAAUUAUAGUCUUUUGGUUUUCCAGAAA